AUGGACGACGACAACAACCGAAGCACCGCCAAGAACGACCCAACACAAGCCGAGGGGAAACCCAAGGAACAAAAGGGUGAGGGCCUAAAGUCUAACACCAAAGCUCGUCGUCAAAUAUGCCAUAGAUGCAAUCGUCCCCUCCCUGCUGCCUGCAUUUGCGAAGCUCUUCCAGAGGUUCCAAUCAAGCUGGAUCGAACUGGCAUUGUGGUCCUUCAGCACCCCCACGAAUUGAAGAUUAAGAAUCGAUCAAUCCCUAUUUUGGAGUUAUGCUUGGAUGAUUCAUCACUUGGUCUUUGUGUGGGUAGAAGAUUCGAUAAGGAACUCAUCGACCCAAAGAUAAUUGAGAUUCUUGAAGCUCCGGAUCAUCUUCCAGUUCUGUUCUUUCCGCCAGACAAUGAUGAGAAAGAUGUUAUCAGUUUGAUAGAAGCAAAGAAAAUUAUUAAUGAUAAGCUUCCAGAAGGAGGAAAAGUAAUUAUUGUUGCGCUCGAUGCAACAUGGAAAUACGCAAAAGAAAUGCAUAGGGCCAACUUGCAAGAGAACCUCUAUCCGUCAAAUCUAAUACGAGUAUCGUUGCAGCCCAGCGAUUUUCCAAAGGAUUGGGUCAGUGGCAGGUUCAACAUACGAACCACGCCCAAGAAGGGGGAAUCUACAUUAGGUUUCAUGUCCACAGUGGAGUGCAUUGCUUGGGCGGCUUCAGAACUCGGAGGACCCAACAACAGCAAAGACUUGUUUGCUACUCUGAUGAAACCCCUUGAUUUGAUGGUUGCGAAAUGGAAUGCCUUUUGCAAACAGCCAAAAGUACGAAAGACCAAGGCUCCCCAAAAAAAGCGGCGUAGGGAUGAAUAUGAAUCAUCAUGA